AUGAUAAUUAUUCAUGAUGAAAAAAAACCAUCUUAUUAUAAAGCAGCUGUUGGUGAAGCUGUUAUAUUUAAUUGUCAUAUUGAAUAUCCACACGACGUACCUAUACCUUAUAUUUUAAAUUGGAAUAAAGAGGGUCAAACAAUAUUUUCUUUGUAUGAAUCUAAAGCUACUGCUAAAGGAUCCUAUAAAGGAAGGAUUAAACUUAUAGAAUCUGAUUCAGAUUAUGGUAAAGGUUCCAUAAAUUUAACAAACAUAAGAGAAACUGAUGGGGGUUGGUAUGAAUGUCAAAUAUUAUUUCCCAACAGAAGUCCAAUAACUCAUCAAAAUGGUACUUGGUUUCAUUUAAAAGUUGAAGGCGGAAAUGUAAUUGCAAUUCCUCCAAUAAAUCAAACUACAAUUGAAGGUGAGAUUGCACGUUUUCCUUGUUGUACUAAAGAAAAUACAUCCAAUGUGGUUUGGAAAAAAGAUGGCGUGAAAGAAGAACAUAGUGGAUCAUACACUUGCACUCCCUUUAACGAACUUGGUACUGAUGGACCCUCACCAAAAAUGAAUGUUUUUGUUUUAAAAUCCCCAGUUUUUACCAUCACUCCUCAAAUGUUGUACAUUCGAAGAAAGGGAGAAUCUCUUCAUAUUCCUUGCGAAGCCACAGAAGAACACAAAAUACAUAAACCGAAUAUAGUAUGGUUGAAAAAUGGAAAAUUUUUUGUUCGUGGAAAUUUGACGUUGAUGGAUUUACAAGAAGAAGACAGAGGAGUUUAUCAAUGCAUAGCUUCAAAUGCGGUAACUUCCAUUUUUGCAGAAACUGAAGUUAUGAUUGAAAAUACAGCUCCUCGAGCUCCCUAUAACAUUCAAACGGAUUCAACAAUAGACACAAUAACGGUUAAAUGGAAAUCUGGUUUGACAAAACCAAAGCUUGAUUUUAGCGUCUGGUACAGAACAACUGAUUCUUCGACAUGGGAAUUUUUACCCCUUCUUGCCACGAAUACCAAAGAAUACGUCAUUCGAAGUCUUCAACCUGGAACAGAAUAUGAAGUUAUGGUUCUUUGCAGAGAUGCUUUCGGAGAUGGAAUGUUUAGUAAAUCUGUGGUUGUUAAAACAAAAGGUAUCAGUACCGUACCAGAUAAAAAUUAUUAUGAAAUAUCUAAAAAUAUUAGCAUUGAAAUAUCGGAAGAAGGAUGUAUGAUUAAUUGGUAUUUUCCCAACGAAGAACCUGAUUUGGAACACUAUGAAAUCCAAUAUGUCGAAAAUGGAAUGCUCAACAAUGCAAUAACAAAGGACCCAUUUUACUUAGUUAAAAAUUCACAUCAAGAGGAUAAUUGUCAAUUUCAAAUAUUCGCAGUGACAAAAGGUAAAAAUUAUAUAAAAAGUUCUUUUUUUAUAAUAAUAAAUUCUUCGUCGAAAAAAAAAAUAAAUGCCGUCAUAUUGGGAGUAAGUUUCGGUAUGUUAUUUUAA